UUAAAAGGUUAGGGGCAAGUUAGUCCAUUUGGCCUGCCUCACUGUUCUUUUCCUAAACUUCGCCAGCCCUUUAAAAGACCAGAAAAGCGGGAGAAGCAGAAAUAGACUGCAGUCACAGACCACUAAGCCAGAGGGAAAAAGAAAGAAAGAGGAAUGUAGAGAGAAUCAGAAACAGAAAAAAAAAAAUGGAGACAAUUGUUAAGAUGGGAUUUAAAUGGGGAGAUAGAUAAAGAAAACAGAGGAUAACUAGUUGAAAUAUAGAGGGAAAAGUUUUUUUAUUUCUUCCUUUUUAAUGAUGACUGGAAUCAUGGCAGAGCAAAAUCUAGAGGAGCGAAUUGGGAAACAAAUGGGUUGCAUGGCUGGUUUUCUUCAGAUCUUUGAUCGUCAACAGCUUCCCACCGGCAAACGCCUUUACUCCACCAAGCGCCUCCCUCCUUCGCCGUCGAGUGAAACGACGUCGGAGGAAGAGAAGGCCGUUGAGUCGCCAUUUACAAAGGGAGAAUUAGAGGAGCAGACGCAAGGACGAUUAGCACCAUCACCGGACCGUUUCAAGGAAUCUCCUGGAGCAUUUGAGCUCCGGUCCCAAGCACCGGAGCCUUCUACUCCGACGGGAAACCAGAACAAGGCAUCCCUUCCGUUCCCCAUUUUCCAAUUCAAAGAAGGCAGUACGAGGUCACCAUUUAAAUUUUCCAAAGAAGCUCCGAGGCUCUCUCUCGAUAGCAGAGCCGUCGUUGAUGCUAAAGGAAGCCUCAAACCCUCUGAGAUCCGUACGAACCAAUGCAAAACCAACAGUGAAGAGAAUGGAGUAGAUGAUAACGACAAACAACGACGGUCCCCUAGCGUAAUCGCGAGGCUCAUGGGACUCGGAUCAUUACCAAAUUCAGAUCCCGAACCAAAUGGCAAAGCGGAGCUCCGAAGGUCCGCAUCGGAAGCCAGAGGCAGAGAUCUAUUUCAGUACCGUUUUAUUGAUGGAGUUAAUUUCCAUUUGAAAGAGAGCCAGCUACCAAAUUUCCAAAACGACGAGAUUUCGAGCAAUGCAUUGAGAGAAAAUGGCGGCAAACAAGAGCAUUUAAUGAAUAACAGAUCACAAAGCUCAAGAAAUGUGAAAACUGAACCGAUGAAAGCUGCGGUUCGAGGAAUAGGCCAAAGGAAAUGUUUCUACGACUCGGCCGAUUUUUUUCCCGAGCCAAAGCAACCAGUUUCCAUCUACGGAGAGAUUGAGAAACGACUUAAACUCAGAGGAAUCGAUGAACCAUCGAAAGAUCUCGAGACUCUUAAGCAAAUCCUCGAAGCCUUGCAACUCAAAGGCCUCUUACACAACAAGAAACCUCUAAGCCAAACGAAUAACAGGAACUUUGUUUAUGAAAAUGAACCAUCUCCGAUUACCGUUAUCAAACCGGGAAGAUCACCAGCUUCCCCGGGCAGAAGGAUUGGCAACGAAACACCUUCUUCCAGUAAUAGACCAUGGCCUAGACCUCGCCGGAACUUGAAUAUCGAGGUCCCGCCGACAAAGAGUCCUAGAAAUGAUCGGUCGGAGAAUGAACGGAACCAAAGGAAGAAUAAGGGUUCAAUAUCUCCUACGAGGAGUGAGUGGGGCGUGAGGAGUCCUAGCAGAAGGCCGUUGAGCGUUGAAACGCAGAGUAGAGGGAAUGGUAGUGUGGAGCAGAGAAGAGUAUCUCCGAUUCAGUCCCCUCGUGUUAAUUUGAGAAAAGCCAGAUUGGAUCAGACGAGUAAUAGUUCACCGAGAAACAGGAAAUCAAAGACUGGGAUUUAUCAGAAAGAAAAGAAGGUAAUAUUUGUUCCAGCGGAAGAUGAAACAUCCACUGUUUCAGAGAGUAGCUUUAGCACAUGUUCUCAAACUGACACCGAGAGAUCGAGGGCGGUGGAGGAAUACAAGGAAGGAAGGAGCCUCUUGGAAAGGUGCGAUAAGCUUCUUCACAGCAUAGCAGAGAUGACCGCUUCAACCGAGUUGGAGCCGAGUCCUGUUUCGGUACUUGACUCGUCGUUUUACAAGGAGGAAAUGUCUGUUUCCCCUGUUAAGAAACAAAGCAUCGAUUUCAAAGAAGACGACACAUGGAACUCGUCCGACGAAUCCAAGUCCGAUGAUAAAUCAGACGUCUCUGAUUUCAUCUACAUUUCCGAUAUCUUGAGGGCAUCCAAUUACCUGCCAGAUGACUCUGAUGUGUUUUCGUUGCUGGAGAAGCAGCAGCUUCUGAAAGGUAAAGACACCUCCAAAGCCUCUCGACACCGAAGGAAGCUUAUAUUCGACAUCAUCAAUGAAAUCCUCAACCGAAAGAGACGGCUACCGGCAUGGAAGCUCAUCGACUCUACGAAUUCAGGGCCGGGAGAGACGUCGUUGCGGCAAAUCUGGUCCGAAUUCCAGAAGAUUAGAGAGCGGGACUCGUCGGAUGACUUGUUCGAGGUCAUUUGUGGUGUGUUGAGAAAAGAUCUUGCAGUGGAUUCCAUUAACGGCUGGGGAGAUCAACCCGUAGAGAUGUCGGAAUCAAUCCUUGAUAUCGAGCGUCUGAUAUUCAAAGACCUGAUCGUCGAAACCAUCCAAGAUCUUGCUGUUUUUUCUGGGAGAAGUCACGAAAUCUCAGCACUUCGGAGGAAGUUGGCUUUCUUGUAGCUCAUUGUAUUUUUCGCGGCUAUAUUUUGAUUUUUUAAAGCAAAUUGGUAGAUG